UACUUGGCCCCCAUCUCCUCACAACAACUGACUUCUACAUAUAUUCCAAACUAAAAAUCCUCUAUUCUAUACACAUAUAUACAUAUAUAUAACUUUCUUGAUUUUCUUUCUUCAAAUUUUGUUGAAGAUAAUUGAAGAAGACUAUAGAUGAUGCAAGAAGAGAAGAAGAUGAAGGUGAAGAAAGGGUGGUUGGCAGUGAGAGUUGGGUUAGAAGAUGAAGAUGGUGGAUUCCAAAGAUUUGUGAUUCCAAUAUCAUAUCUCUAUCAUCCUCUCUUCAAGAGGCUUCUUGAGAAAGCUCAUGAGGUUUAUGGGUACCACACCACUGGACCUCUUUGGCUACCGUGUUCAGUUGAUGACUUUCUCCAUCUCAGGUGGCAGAUUGAGAAGGAAGCCACCAGCAACCACCACCACCACCACCACUCUCAUCACAAUCUUUCUAGCUCUCUGUCCUUCCACUGUUAAAGAUACAAGUUAUAUAGUACAUAUAUAUUUGGCUUAGAAGGAGCUUUAUUGCCAAUAUGAUGCUUCUCUCUCUCCCUCUCUCUCUUUUGUUUUUGUGGUAGUAAUAGAAAGUGAAGAAGAAGAAGAAGAAGAAGAAAGUACCAUCACAAUUAUAAUCAUCGACUUUUUUUUUUUGGGAUGAUCAUGAUGAGUGAAAUUGUCAUAUAUGAUUGCAAGUCCUCUUUUCUUUCUUGAACACUUCAAACAUAAAUUGAUGUUAAUGGAAGAAUCUUCAAGUAUUAUCAAUGGUUUCUGAUAAGAUUGCCACAAAAUUGUUGGUGUAAAUCCUAACAUAAAUAUAAAUAUUUAUAUUGUUGUAUUCACAAAA